AAAAAUGGUUACUAGCGCGACUUUUUUUGUUCUUUUCGUAAUAACAACAGCAUUAGGCAAACAGGGUUUCGGCCCGACAGACCAAGACUGGGGCUUCGUGACCGUAAGGGAAAAGGCCCACCUUUUCUGGUGGCUGCACCUCACCACGGCCGACGUCCCGAGCCCCACCGACAAGCCCCUCAUCCUGUGGCUGCAGGGCGGGCCCGGCUCAUCGUCGACGGGCUUCGGAAACUUCGUCGAACUGGGCCCCUUGGACACCGACCUGAAACCGCGGACCUCCACCUGGGUGCAAUACGCCAACGUUCUAUUCGUCGAUAAUCCCGUCGGGACGGGCUUCAGCUACGUCGAGGACGAGUCCCUGCUCGUUAAAAGCAACUCCCAGAUUGCCGACGAUUUCUUGGUGUUUCUCAAGGAGUUUUUCAAACGGCGCUCCGAUUUCGCUAAAGUUCCGUUUUACAUAUUCACCGAAUCCUACGGGGGAAAAAUGACUGUCGAAAUAGCGCUAAAAUUGCACCAGGAAAUAGCGGCUGGAAAUAUCGAAUGCAAUUUAACAGGAAUCGCUCUAGGUGACUCCUGGAUAUCUCCCGCCGACAGCGUAGUGAAUUACGCUCCGUUCCUUCUGCAGAUGGGGGUACUAGACAGUCGAGGUUUCGAAAAAAUAGACAAAGUGGCCCGAUUGCUGCCAGACCUCGUCGAAAAUAAAAAAUACGCAGAAGCCUUCGGCAUCUGGAGGGGCGUAGAAUACGAAAUCAAAGCAAACACCUACGGAGUGGACAUGUACAACGUGCUCACGAAGAAGAAGAGCUCAUCAUCAGUACCAGAUCCCACUAAUUACCCAGGUCAACCUGGUACACCUCCAGAUGCCGAUUCUAAGGUGAACUCCAUCAUGAACAACCUGGUGAGAGAAGCUUUAAACGUGACACAGCCUUGGGGAACCACCGAUGAGGCUGUGUUCGAUGUACUAACCGGCCCGGAAGGAGAUUUUAUGAAGCCUGUCGUGGAUAUUGUCGAGAGGCUCUUGAAUGAAACUGACAUCCAAGUUUCAGUGUACACUGCCGAUUUCGAUCUCAUUUGUAACACACUAGGAACCAUGGCGUGGAUCUACAAUAUGAAUUGGAAAGAUAAAGAAAAUUGGAAUAAGGCUACUAGAGUACCAUAUGCAGUUGAUGGAUAUUAUCAAGGGUACGAGAAGAAAUUCAAUAAUUUCGCCUUGUACUGGGUGGUGAGAUCUGGCCAUAUGGUCCCGGCUGAUAAUCCAGCAGGAAUGUAUCAUAUACUUCAAGAUGUUACCUACGAUUUUGCAGUUUGAGUUUAAUUUAAUUUACUUGACUUGUAAAAUAGAUAUAUUAUACUAUUGAAGCUAUUAAAGAUU